AUGGGGCAUCUUGCUAAAGAAGUGUAUAUGAGCCCUCCGCCGGGUCUCUUUCAUCCUCCUGGUGUUGUUUGUCGUCUUCGUUGUGCUCUGUAUGGUCUCAAGCAGUCUCCUCGUGCUUGGUAUCAACGAUUUCACUCUGUUGCACUUCAGCUUGGUUUUCGCCUUAGUCAUCAUGAUUGUGCUCUUUUUGUUCGGCGCAGCUCUGUUGGUCUUGUUCUCCUUCUCUUAUAUGUGGAUGAUAUGAUCAUCACUGGCUCUGAUUAUGGUCCUAUUGAGGAGACUAAAUAUACCCGUGAUAUUCUUUCUCGUGCCAAUCUCAUUGAUGACAAAAUUGUCGACACUCCUCUUGAGUUGCACGCUAAGUUUUCUACUUCUGAUGGUGUUCUUGUUGAGGAUCCCACUUUGUACCGCGAGUUGUCCGUCGUCGUCGUCGGUGUCGCAGUGGAGCUACGCCGUGUCACGGUGGUACCAACACCUCCUGGACAAGUCGACGCCUCUCGUCUACCACCGUUGGAUCGGCUUCGUCUUGGUGGCGUUGAUCUACUCUAUCCGCGUCUUCCUCCUUCAAGGCUACUAAAGGAUCUCAAAGCUGAGCUCUCCCUUCUUCGUAUCGCCAAGGUCACUGGCGGUGCUCCCACCAAGCUCUCCAAGAUAAAAGUGGUUAGGUUGUCCAUUGCCCAGGUGUUGACCGUGAUUUCACAGAAACAGAAGUCUGUUCUGAGGGAAGCCUAUAAGAACAAGAAGUACUUGCCACUUGAUCUACGUCCCAAGAAAACCAGAGCCAUCCGUAGACGCCUCACCAAGCAUCAGGCAUCACUGAAGACUGAAAGGGAGAAGAAGAAGGAGUUGUACUUUCCUAUGAGGAAGUAUGCUAUUAAGGUGUAGGGUAGGAUCUACUAUACGGUGGAUUUUUGUGCUUAUGCAUCCAUAUAUCUACUCCAUUAAAGAUGAAUACACGGGCUGAGAAACAAACUCAGGGACAAAGUUUUCACUUUUUUUGCAUACAGCCACAGCAUUCCACAAAACCAAUUUUUUAUUCAUUUUAUCAUCAUCUUCAUCAUCAUGUACACCUCAUGUACCCCACUCUCUCUCUCUCCCUUUCCAACCCACCAGCGCACAUGAUUUCUUCAUUAAUAUAUUAUUUUUAUUAUUAUUAUUAUUA